GUACAUAAAUUUAUGAUGGUGUUGUCCUCUCACUGAUUAUACCUUCUCUCCCUCUCUCAAACUCUCUAAAAAAGCUUCAGACUUUGCAGAGCCAGCGACACAGAGAAAGCAAGCAGCUCCUAGUCCUGAUCUAUAACCCCGUGCCAGUCUUCUCUCUUCUUCUGUCUGAAGCCAUGAUCGGUAUGUCUAUCUAGUUUUUGGAUUUUCCGAUACCUGCCGGGUAUUGAUGAAAAGCUCAUGAUCAAGUUUGGAUAAGAAUCAGCUUUUGAUGCAUCUGAAACAAAGUUGGAAUUCCAAGUAGGUAGAGAUUGGUGAACAUGUUUAUUGAGAUAUCUGCACAAGUUCAAGUUCUAUAUGAUUCCAACAACUAAUUCAUCCAGGAAUUGGGAUUCAUAGCGUUACUGUGGUGAAGUAACUGUUUCUCUGAUCAUUGCAAAACUAGAAAUAGGUUUUUGGCAUCAAAAUCGGAGAAUCCGGAUCCCAACUGGUACUGUAAAUUUUGUUGUUCCAUCAGAAUUGAUAUUAUGGAGAGACAAAACAGCUUUCGGACAGCAAAGAUAGAAAAACAAGUGAGUUUCAAUGGGGCAAUUGAGAAACAGUCUAGUUUCCGCGGGGCAAUGGAGAAACAGAAGAGUUUUCGCGGACUUAUGGAGAAGCAGAAGAGUUUUCGAAUAGUAAUGGAGAAGCAGCUGAGCUUUAUUGGGGGCGGCAGCAGUGAAAGGAGGAAGAGCAAGGAGUCACCUGGUAAAAGAGGUGACUCCCAACUCCACUUGGCGGCUCGAGCAGGGAAUUUAGAUAGAGUGAAAGAGAUUGUUGCGACUUGUAAUACUAGUACUAGUAGUGGUGAUGCAAUUGGUUUAUUAAUGUCAAAGACAAACCAGGAGGGGGAGACUCCCUUGUAUGCCUCAGCUGAGAAUGGUCAUGCCGUAGUUGUCAGGGAAAUGUUGAAGCAUAUGGACCUUCAAUCUGCAUCCAUCACAGCCAGAAAUGGCUAUGAUCCAUUCCACAUUGCUGUAAGACAGGGCCAUCUUGAGGUGUUGAAAGAACUUCUGCAAGUGUUCCCCAACUUGGCUAUGACCACAGACCUAUCAAAUUCGACUGCCUUGCACACAGCUGCUACUCAAGGGCACAUUGAGAUUGUAAAUCUGCUUCUGGAAACAGACUCAAAUCUUGCUAAGAUAGCCCGCAAUAAUGGUAAGACUGUGCUUCAUUCAGCAGCAAGGAUGGGGCACUUGGAAGUUGUCAAAUCCCUACUCAGCAAGGAUCCAACCGCUGCUUUUAGAACAGAUCUCAAAGGCCAAACUGCACUCCACAUGGCUGUGAAAGGCCAGAAUGAGGAGAUUGUGCUGGAGUUGAUAAAACCUGACCCCUCAGUUUUGGCUGUGGAAGAUAACAAGGGAAACACAGCAUUGCAUAUUGCUACACGGAAGGGUCGUCUUGAGAAUGUACGUUGUCUAUUGUCCAUUGAGGGAAUUAACAUCAACGCAAUUAACAAGGGUGGGGAGACUCCGUUUGACAUUGCAGAAAAGUUUGGAAGUUCAGAACUUGUUUCAGUAUUAAAGGAAGCAGGGGCCACAAAUUCUGGAAAACCUUCAAAUCCAGCGAAGCAGCUGAAGCAGACUGUGAGUGACAUAAAGCACGACGUCCAGUCCCAACUCCAGCAGACACGUCAAACUGGUGCCAGGGUCCAGAAAAUUGCAAAGAAGUUGAAGAAGCUCCACAUUAGCGGCCUCAACAAUGCUAUAAACUCAGCCACUGUUGUUGCUGUGCUCAUUGCCACCGUGGCUUUUGCAGCCAUCUUCACCGUUCCAGGCCAGUACGUGGAAAAGAAAACACAAGGGUUUACGCUUGGUCAAGCCCACAUAGCAAGAAAUGCAGCUUUCAUCAUUUUCUUCUUGUUUGACAGCCUGGCACUAUUCAUCUCCCUUGCUGUUGUGGUGGUGCAGACAUCUGUGGUUGUGAUUGAACAGAAAGCGAAAAAGCAGCUUGUUUUUGUGAUCAACAAGCUCAUGUGGUUGGCUUGCCUCUCCAUUUCGAUUGCUUUUAUUUCUCUGUCUUAUGUGGUGGUGGGUUCACAGUCCAGGUGGCUUGCUGUGUGCGCAACUAUCAUAGGCAGUACAAUCAUGCUGACUACUAUUGGCUCCAUGUGCUACUGUGUCGUCUUACACAGGAUGGAGGAGUCCAAAUUGAGGAACAUUAGGAAAGCUGAGAGCAGGUCCCGUUCCUCCUUCUCUAUGUCUGUGGCAUCGGAUCAUGAGAUUUUGAACAGUGAGUACAAGAGGAUGUAUGCAUUGUAAGAAGCUUCAAGCACAAUUGAUUGAUGCAAUUUGAGAUUGGGGCUAGGCUUCAUAUCAAAGAAAUCAAACACAAGGCUUUGGUUGGCAGGGCGACCUUUGUGUUUAGGAUACUAGGACUGGAACUACUGCUGUUCUUGCAUAACCAGUCAGAUUCUAUUUGUAUGACUGUAUGAGCCCACAUGGUGUAAAUGAGGACAUAUCUAGAAAUAUGUAGGCGUCUCUAUUGAAGAGUAUUAUUGGGUUUAGCAACCAAAUAUGAGGAGAGGAGAAGAUAUCCGGUUCUUAAUACUGCCAUCUCUUCAUUAUAACAUUGAAGAACGUAUUUGUUCUCGUCUGUACAUUCUGAUCUCUGUGGUUCAAAGCAGAUUGAAUGAGAAUAUAUACAGAUGAUUCGUCUUA